AUCGACCUUGUACAUUUGCUGAAUACUCUACACGAUUGCGAUUUAAUUUGAAAGUACCGUGUAAUCUACUGCUGCGCAUACAUCUACAUGAGUAUUUUCACCUCACUGACACCAAAGGAUUGGAAUACCGAACUAUACAACUCCAGACUCAGUUAGAUAAACCAACCACAGAACCACAAUAGAGUCAACAUCAUGGCAGAAAACGAGACUCCAAAGUACCGUCUAAAAGUGACAGCUGGGCCCAGCUACAAUCCCUCCACACAUCAACUCGUCCCAGUCAAUGAGGACCAAACCCUACGAAUCGAAAACGAGCACGCAAUCACGAGCCUCUGCGUCCGCAUCCAAGAUUACACAGGAUAUCCGGACCACUCCCCAAGAACAAGCCCUUACUUCAACCAUCCCCUCCACCAGUCAGACCAAUAUUCCAUCUCCUUCGCCAUCGUCUUCAAACACCCCGUCAACGCCAACUCCCUCCUCUUCGGCAACGACUUCGACCGUCCCAUUCGCGACCGCUUGCCGCCCGGCUUCAACGCCGCUCUUCGCCUCGUCAAAUGGACAAUCGAUCCGUCCCUGGACGGCGAUGCGUACGCCGACAAACCGUACCUGUAUAGCCCGGCCGUGGCUUCGUGGAACCAGCUCUGUAUCGGGGAAAGGGUUAGAAAGGACGACGAGGUGCCGGGGAUGCAUGAGCGGGUCGUUGAAGAAGGGGGCGAGGGGUCCGGACUGGAGGUCAGAGAGCAAAUGGGAGUUCCGACGAGUGUGAACGAACGGAGAAAGUAUUUUCAGUCGGAAGAGGCGAGGACGGGGUUCGAGUUUGAAGAAGGAAGGGUUUACUGGGUGGAUUUUGGGAACCCUUACUUAGGGUUUAAUGAUUUCUCACUUCACCUUCCGGGCAUUACUAUCAAUGUUCUUCCCUACAUUAAUGAGGAUAAUCAUUCGCUGCGGUAUGUGUUGAAGCAUCGGGAUACCGAUGAGGUUUACCUUGUCGUGCUCUUUACGCUUGUUUUGCAGGGAACGAACGAGGAGCCAUUGCAUAAGGAGGAGGCGGAGAGAAUGAGGAGGGAGAGUAAGCAGCAACAUGAGAAGAAUGACGGGAAAUUGGGCAGGUUUGAAUGGGAGCCGGAGCCGUCGGCGGAUGAUGUGGAGUAAACAUGCCAUACAACAUAGACGUAUAGAUACGUAUAUUAUGUUUUGUUGAGUGAUAGAAC